AUGCAGGCAAUAAGACCUUCACCGCCCGUUUCUCGGAGCUCCUCAGUGGUGGAUUUGGACCAAUUUGGCUACCUUUUCAAUAGCAGAGGAAGUAUCAAUUUGUCUUCAAAUUACCCUGAACCGCAUAUCACAGCGGCCGAUUUGGUUCCACGAAAACCCAACCCGGGGCUCCAACUUCCUCCAAUUGUCGCCGUUAAACCGAAAAGGAAAACUUUGGCAACAGUCAGGCUGUUUUUCAAAGCGAAACAGUCGCCGCGGUCCACUUUACGAAACUUGUUUCAGUCGAAACAAAAAUCUUUUACUCCGGAAAAUAGUGGGAUUCUGUCAAGUCGUAUAGCACAGCUUGAUAUGAGCAUCGACUCUCCAAAUCAAGUCGACGACAUUAAACCAGUUUAUUCUCACGAUUCUAUCGCAGACUCAGGUUCAAUUUCUUCCCGAGAAGAUGCCGUUUUUUCUCCAGGAACUCAUCGUCCCGACGAGACCUUGGAUAGAAGCAUCAACGAGCAACUUUUUGGUGAAAACUCAAGUUUAAGAACCUCGGAGGAACCGUCGCCGAUAUCAGAAGAGUCGGUUCCACUGACAAGCUAUUGGCAAAAAAUUCGGCAUCCAGUCCAAGCAGCAUCUCCCACCGUACAAUAUCACAAAAUUAAAGACAGAAUAACGUCGCUUCAUGUCCAUUGGCUUUCCCCUUUGCCUAAACCUUCUCCCGAUAUCACCUCAUAA